AGAUCAACAAAGGUGGGAGAGAAGAGUGUAGGUGGUCUUGUUGAUCCAGUACCCCGAGGUCCCUACAUGGCGGCAGCGGUGGCUGCGGUGACCAGAGCAGCAGCAGUGGAAUCAGCGAGCGGGACGGAGUUAGGACCGCUCGGAGCGCCCAGGUCUCGAGGUAGUAUAAGGUUUUUGCAAUCCUUCCACUCGCUGGCAGUUGCAGAAGAUCUGCUUUUUAAGUGAGAAGAACACGCCACCCCUCCGAGGGCUGCGGCUUCCCGGGGCUGUUUCCUCGCUCAUGGCUUUGCCGGCCCCUGGCGCUCACUCGCUAAUUCGUCCGCGCCCCUAAGUUUGCCGAGAGCUGGCUGCGGGCUGGGAGCAGGGUCCCGGCCGGGCGCCGCGGGCGGGGGCUGGGAAGCGGCGAACCGCAAUCCAGAAGCAUCUUGGGGCCAUGUAUAUUUCAUCAAACGGACUUCGGGUGCGUCGCGUCUCGCAGCCAUCAACGCUAUGUGCAGUGACAUUUCUGACUUGAGUGGAGGAAUGCGCGAAGGAAACCGGGGCGAAAUUGCUUCGAGAGGAUCUUCUUGGCGCCAAGGCUAAUUGUCCUGAUUUAUGUCGCUUCUGACAAAAAAGAAAAAAAAAAGAUCCAAUAUCUUCAUCUGAAAUAAAAUGAAAGCGGUGCCAAGCGGGAUAGAACCGCCCGGCCGCUGGUUCUGAUCCCCCGGGAUCGGGGGAAAAAUCGUUCUGCAGCUUAAAAGAAAAGAAAGAAGAAAGGAAUAGAAAUUGAGAAGAGAGAAAAAAAAACCCACAGUAAAAGUUUAAGGCGAGAAGUGGCGGUGGCGGCGGCGCGGGGAGACUGCCGAGAGGAGACGGCUGGUGAGACCUCGGAAGGCGGCGAUUUGGUUCCUAAUCCCACUGUAUUUUUGGAGGGAGAGGCACCUUUCUCAUCCUCCCUUCCUCUCCGCCCACCCCUCUCCCUCCCCCUCAUCUACCUGUCAAAGUCACUGAUCUUUUGCAUUUUGGAAGAGAACGUCAACGGGAAGGAAUUCCCCCAGUCCGGGUCCCGGCUCCGAAAGGGGGCGACGCUCAACGAGGCUGCCCCAGGGGCGCGAGGCCAAGAGAUGUUUGUGUCAGAAGAAAAAAGAAAAUGAUUGCUGGGAAGCAGACACAGAGCCGUAGACACUCAUCCUUGUGCUUCAGAUACUGAUCCCUCAUCGCAUCUGAGCAGCCCCUGUGAGCCCUGAAUCCCGAGGAUCACUCAGGAUUAUCCGAUGUACAAUGGGAGAGUUAUCACUUUGCUAAAUGAUUAUCUGCGCCUGGACAUCGUUCACAAACGUCUAAUAGAUGUGUUCUACAAGGAGAAAAGGCUGCAAGCUGUUAAUGCCUAACACAGAUGCACGUUAGGCUUCCACCAAAGUCCUCAGCGUGCCCAACUGCACUCAGUAUUUCAGUCUCUCACGUUUGGUUUUGGAAUCUGCUUUGAGACCUCAGCGUAUUUUUUUUUAAAUAUACAAAACUACCUAUAUAAAGACACACACACACAAGCACACAUACAAUAUACUCAUGUGUAUGUAAAGAAGACACUGACUACAAUUAAGACACGAAGACUGCCAAGAUUUUAGAGAUGUAUUUGUCAAGAUUCCUGUCGAUCCAUGCCCUGUGGGUUACAGUGUCCUCUGUGAUGCAGCCCUACCUUUUAGUGUGGGGACAUUAUGAUGUAUGUAAAACUCAGAUUUACACAGAAGAAGGGAAAGUUUGGGAUUAUAUGGCCUGCCAGCCGGAAUCCACGGACAUGACAAAGUAUCUGAAAGUGAAGCUGGAUCCUCCGGAUAUUACCUGUGGAGACCCUCCAGAGGCAUUCUGUGCAAUGGGCAACCCUUACAUGUGCAAUAACGAGUGUGACGCAAGUACCCCUGAACUGGCGCACCCUCCUGAGCUCAUGUUUGAUUUUGAAGGACGACAUCCCUCUACAUUUUGGCAGUCUGCUACUUGGAAGGAGUACCCCAAACCUCUCCAGGUUAACAUCACUUUGUCUUGGAGCAAAACCAUUGAGCUCACAGACAAUAUAGUUAUUACCUUCGAAUCGGGGCGUCCAGACCAAAUGAUCCUGGAGAAAUCUCUCGAUUAUGGACGAACAUGGCAGCCCUAUCAGUAUUACGCCACAGACUGCCUCGAUGCUUUUCACAUGGACCCGAAGUCCGUGAAGGAUUUGUCCCAGCAGUCCGUCUUAGAGAUUAUUUGCACAGAGGAGUACUCCACCGGGUACUCCACAAACAGCAAAAUUAUUCACUUUGAGAUCAAAGACAGGUUUGCGUUUUUCGCUGGACCUCGGCUGCGAAAUAUGGCCUCCCUCUAUGGACAGCUGGAUACAACCAAGAAGCUCAGAGAUUUCUUCACAGUCACGGACCUGAGGAUCAGGCUCUUGAGACCCGCCGUAGGGGAAAUAUUUGUAGAUGAGCUGCAUUUGGCACGUUACUUUUAUGCGAUCUCAGACAUAAAGGUGCGAGGAAGGUGCAAGUGCAACCUGCACGCCACUGUGUGUGUCUAUGACAACAGCAAACUGACGUGUGAAUGUGAGCACAACACAACAGGUCCAGACUGCGGGAAAUGCAAGAAGAAUUAUCAGGGCCGACCAUGGAGUCCAGGCUCAUACCUCCCUAUCCCCAAAGGCACCGCAAACACCUGCAUCCCCAGCAUUUCCAGUAUUGGUACUCCUCCAAAGUAUAAUAGGAUAUGGCCGAAUAUUUCUUCCCUUGAGGUUUCUAACCCAAAACAAGUUGCUCCCAAAUUAGCUUUGUCAACAGUUUCUUCUGUUCAAGUUGCAAACCACAAGCGAGACUGUGAAUGCUUCGGCCACUCCAAUCGGUGCAGUUAUAUCGAUCUGCUAAACACAGUCAUUUGCGUGAGCUGUAAACACAACACUAGAGGGCAGCACUGUGAGUUAUGCAGGCUGGGCUACUUCAGAAAUGCUUCCGCACAGCUGGACGAUGAGAAUGUGUGCAUAGAGUGUUAUUGUAACCCUUUGGGUUCAGUCCAUGAUCGUUGUAAUGGCUCAGGAUUUUGUGAGUGUAAGACUGGAACAACAGGGCCUAAAUGUGAUGAGUGUCUGCCAGGAAAUUCCUGGCACUACGGCUGUCAACCUAAUGUCUGCGACAAUGAGCUCCUACACUGCCAGAAUGGAGGGACCUGCCACAACAAUGUGCGCUGCCUGUGCCCAGCCGCCUAUACCGGCAUCCUUUGUGAGAAGCUGCGUUGUGAAGAGGCCGGCAGCUGUGGCUCCGACUCCGGCCAGGGAGCACCCCCACGGGGCUCCCCAGCACUGCUGCUGCUGACCUUGCUGCUGGGGACAGCCAGUUCCCUGGUGUUCUAGGGGUCACACCAGCCCUCCGACAGGCCUGUGCUGUGGGGACGCAGACACAACCCAAGUGAUUGCUACUAACAUAGAAAACACGCACACCCACUCCAACACAGUGUACAAGCGAAGAGGGCGUAACUGAACUAAGCCAUAUCUCUCAGACCCGGACAGCACAUCCGUCGGAGUCAAGACUGUUUGUUCAUCACUGACUCCAGAGGAAUUGGCAGCUGUUGCUAUUAUCACUGCAAAUCUCAUUGCCAGCUGCAGAGCCCAUUGCAGACUGGAAAGGCUGCAAGAGCGUCCCCAAAAGAAAGACAAAAACAAACUGAUCUAUCAACCUAAAAGGAAAAAAAUUCGCUACUCUACCGUGGUGCACCCUAGUACCGCUCUGCCCAGUGUGUGGACCAACCAAAUAGAAGCAUUCUUUGCUGUCAGGUGCAUUGUGGGUAUAAGGAAAUCUGUUACAAGCUGCCAUAUUGGCCUGCUUCGGCUCCCCGCCCCAUCCCUUCCAACCCGUGCUUUAGUGAAAGUUGCUCUGUAACCCUUGUUGGUUGAAAGGUUUCUUUGUCUGAUGUUAGUGAUAUACAUGUGCAACAGACCCCUUCCAAAGCGCAAGCCAGUCAUACCCCUGUAUAUUUUAGCAGCACUGAGAGCCCAGUGCCAGCUCACACCCACUUCACAAGAGUGGCUAGAGGAAAGAGAAAGUGUAUCUAUCCUUUUGUAUUAAAAUGAAGUUAUUUUUCUUGAAAUACUGUAAUAUGUAGAUUUUUUGUAUUAUUGCCAAUUUAUGUUACCAGACAAUCUGUUGAUGUAUCUAAUUCGAAUCAGCAAAGACUGACGUUUGAUUUUUUGUCCUCUCUUUGCUUUGGUUUUGUUUCGUUGUGCAGAGAUUUCUCUGUAUGGGCAACGAGCGUGCUGGCAUCAAAGAAUAUCAGUUUACAUAUAUAGCAAGUGUAAUAAGAUUCCACCAAAGGACAUUCUACAUGUUUUCUUGUUGCUUUAACGCUGGAGGAUUUAAAGAAUAAAAAUUCCUGCAUAAAUGACGUCAGGAAUUUGCAUUGCUGCUUCUUAAGAGGAAAAGGAGCAACCCUCCGAGAGUUUCACAGUCACUUCACUGAUUUUGUGUGGACCGAACACAGUCAGCUGAUGUCAUCAGUAGCCCAGGAAGAUGGAUGGAUAGUCACUAGCUUGGACAGCGUCUGCAAAAUACGGGACUAUUUUCCACCUGGGAAAAAUCCUAACUGCAAGAACAGGGAGAAAGAAAUAUAUAAGUGAUUGCCAAGAUUAUGCCAAAGCCUGUUGGCAGAGUACUGAGAGACUUUUAUUUUUAAGUCAUGCUAUUUUCACAGAUUUAUGGUGAUCAUGUGACUCCAGGGAUGCUGAUCGAUGUAUCCUUCCAAAUACAGUGUUUACAUGGAGUAUCAUAAGAGGCCACCUGGGGAACCAGGACAGCAGCAGGGAAAUUGAGUGAUUAGCAAUUUGACUUUGAAUAUAUUCUAAGUAUUUAAAUGAAAUAUCAAAAUAUACAGCAGCAAGUAGACAUAACUGCUGUUCCUGAGAAUAAAGUCUGUUUCAAGUACUGCCCAAGGUGUAAUAAAUUCUUGUUUCUGCCUUUUAUUAGGCCAAUUACCGUACAAGACAGCAAAGGGAGCCGGGAGGGGGGAGAAACACUGCAAAGUUCUGGAGGGGGUGGAACAGUGCAUGUUCUGAACCAGGAUACUGCCACCCCACAGGUGACAAAUGUGUCAGCAGCAGCAUCUCUCAGAAUCAGAAACAAUUAUGAGGCCAAGACAGAAGCUUAAGGACAAUGAAGUCCUACGUGACUUGGUGGGACAAUAACCUAUGUCAGUAUUAGGUCAGAAGCUCGUUCCAGGCUGAAGUCUUCACCCUGCUGCCAGUCUUUGCUGAGCAGAGGGGGAGGAAAUGCCUUCUGAUAAAUAACCCGAGUCAAAACUAGAUGAAGGAACAGCAUGUCUUAUUGGUUUUGUUCCCAGAAAAGCCAAUUCAAAGAAGGCAAUAAAAGGUAAGCAGGUAAUGCCUGUUCUGCCUGCUACCCCACGUCCAAGUCGAUUGAAUGUUUGUUAUUCAAACCAACAGCCUCUUUUGAUAUAAGGAAUAGGGAAAGAUGAAAAUAAAUUAGCGCUUUGGCUUCGUGCCAGAGUGGCCAACCAGAAAUGGCAGAUUUACAUUAGAAGCAUAAAUAGAAAAUUAUAUUCCCAGCUCACCAAAGAAUACACAUGAAAAUGCUGAUAGCCUACAGAGUGUGAGAUUACUUCUAAUGAGGUGGACUUCUUACAUUAAAACGGAGUUUAAGUUGUCGUAUAGUUUAUUAGCACAAACCAAAGGCAGACUGUGUUAUUCCUGGCAACGGUGCACUUUAUAAUUAUGCACUCAUAACCUUGCCACAAUGAUCAGGAAUCAGACAAUGCACAAUUCAAUCCAUGGGAUUCCAAAAGAGCUCAUUCUGAAAUUUAAUGAAGGCCUGAUUUAAAUCGAUUCAUCUGCAUUUUAUCUUUAUGAGGCUAUAAGAAUCUAAAUUGAUGAGGAAUAUCUUGCAUUCAGUGUAUUUAGAUAUAGUUCUCUGAAUUUCUUGGAGUGAUGUGAUCUACUUUUAAUAAAAAUUCACUUUUAGGUAUAUAACAAACGUAAAUGAAAUGUUCUUUUUAAUCUGGAUUCUCGAGUUCUUUAAAAAGCCAAUUCUCUUGAAGAAAUGUCAGCCGAAGGGAUUUCCUCUGCUGCUUUCUAGAAGUCUUUCAAGUUGUAAUGUUUUGUCCUGAGACAGGGCUGAGGCAAACAGGGCGUGCUAAGUCGUGCCCAUAUUUGAGGAUCAAGUUCCUGCUUGUGUCCUGGAAGGUUCCUUAAGGCGAGCUAACCAGCUAUUCCAUGAGUUCAUCUGUCAACUGUCCUACAAAGUAGGAACAUCACUCUACCCACUAUUGAUGUGUAUAAAACUCAAAAGGGGUGGGGGAGCCAAAACGACAGCUAUGUAGAGAGUAUUGCUGUGCGCAGAAGUAACCUGUCUUACUUACCAUAAAGUGGGAAUGAGUUGUCACCCAGACUAAGGACCACGUUCUCUCUCCUCUGCACUGCCCCAGUUAACCAGUCUAAUCAGAUGUCCCCACAGGACGGUGUGGGCUCCUGAAGGCAAGCAGCACAAAAGGCAGUGCACAGCCUUGAGCACCGGGUUGGAAGAGGGCACAGACUCCACAGUUGAGUAGUUUCGGGCAUGUCCCAUUUGCCUUUUCCUGGACCUGGGACUUUACUGGGGUCUAAGAAUCCCAUUCUCCCUUUCCUGGACCUGGGACUUCACUGGGGUCUAUAUUUAAUAUAUUUGAUAGAAUAUUUAAAUAGAAACCUUGAAAUUAAGUCUUUCUUUUCAUCUCCUUCACCCGCCUACCACAAAUAGUCCAGUAAUAUGGGAGUAAAAAAAAAAAAAACCCAUAUUCUGAGGUGGGGUGUUAUGUUGAAUGCUAUGUUGUACUUCACCUAUUGUUUUUUUUCUGGCAAAAUAUCUGUUUAACAGUUUCUGUGCUCACAGAAUUGAGCAGGGUACUAGGGAUCUUGGGGAUCAUAGUAUUUUCAUAGCAUAUGACACCAUCUGUGUGUAUUUAACAUCUGGUAUGAUGUAAAAUUUCAGCUUCAGAAAUCUAAGCGAGUUCUUUCCUUACCAUGCUGACCCCUCCAGCCUUUAUUGAUAAGGAGGGUAUGAUAUUCACUUAGCCAUGAGUUGGAAGAAGAUGAUCAACCAGGCUUUAAAUGGAGGACUUUUCAAAAGAAACCCAACUGGAGUCACUACAUAAAAGAAUAAAAAGCAAAUAAGCAACACCCUAGGGAUUUUGACACAAAAGCCUAACUCUGAACAAUAGUCUCUGGCAAUCAGCACUGGACUGUAAUUUGUAUUAUUUAUUAGUUUGUUUGUCGUGUAUGGAUGUUUUGCUUAUACUGGUGCCCUAGAAGUAAAGAGAGGGAGUCAGAUCCCCUAGAACUAGAGUUAGAAACUGUCGUGAACCGCCAUGUGGAUGCUGGGAAUUGAAUCCAGGUCCUCUGCAAGAGCAACCAGUGCUUUUAACCACGGAGCCACCUCUCCAGUCUCUCACUGUUAUUUUUAAGAAACACCAGUCACCUGACACAAACAUUCUGCACGUUCUGAGUAUGUCCAUAUAGUGUUUUUAUUGAAACUAUAUUUUUACUUUCUUACAUUGUGAGUAGCUUUCUUGCCCUUCCGUUACCUAAAAAUGGAUGCCAAAAAACUCCUCACAUAAACAGCACACAAACACACAAUGGUGUCAGAAAAAAAAAAAGCAUGCCAACUUCCGUAUUUUGAAUUUUCCCCAAACAGAGACCUUCUGUUCUUCUCAGCACCUGGUGUGGUGUGACUCCCAGGCGACCAUCUUCAUUACGCUCCUGCGGAACCAUGGAGAGAAGACACAGCCAUGCCCCGUGCACAAGUCACACUACUGCACAUAGCUAGAAAAUGGGAAAUAACAUCUGUGGAAACCAAGUUAAUAUUGACUAAUACGCAGUGACUUAAACUCUACUGCAGAAGAAAGUGCCCCUACUACAUUUUUAGAGGGAGCUCUGAAAUAAUUCUGUAAGAAGACUGAAAUAAUUUUGAAGGUUGUUUUAAAGUAUUUGGACCUUUAGUAACUUCUGGAAUCCUACUCUCCUUAAUUUGCUCCCAUCACCCAAAA